AAAAAUUAAAAACAAAUGAGGCGUUAGUCACAUUAGGGUUCUCAAUUUCUCACUUCUCAUUUCUCCCUCCUCGACGAGACGACGACUCUGAGCUUGCGAUUGUGAGCAAGAAUUCAAGUUUUCAACACUGAACAGGCAAAAUGAGGCUUUUCUUCAAAUGGACUGCGAAUGCUUGCUUAUCUCGUUCCUCUCAUCAGUAUCCUCAAGUUUUCAGGACCUUUUCUGCACUUCCGAAUUUUGCCCCUGAUGAUAAGCAAAACACCAACUCAUUUGAGUCUACUGAAGACUUUGAAAGACGAAUUUUUGGUGAUAGUACCGGAAACAGGCCAAGUCCAAACUCAUUUUUCAGAAAGCUUGAUAGGGCUGAAAAGUCUUACGAUAGAUCUGGUCCAGGCUCCACAUUCAGUACUGGAAACAGAUCUAGUUUCCUCGAUGGUCUGGAUGAGAGUUUUGAUUCAUUAUCAGAUGGGAUGGAUGGUAAACUGAAGGAAGCAGCCACAUAUUUUAAGUUUGAUCCUGAUGAAAUAGAUAAGGAUGAUUAUGCUUACAGAGCAGAUAUGACCUUUUGGCCCGGGAACACUUAUGAUAUCAAGGAUCUUGAUCUUAGAAAACCAGGAGUUCGCAAGCCCAUGAAAAGGGAUGAAUUUGAAACUACGACAGAGGAAGUUUUACGCAAAGCUGAUUUCAGGAAUGUGAGGUUCCUAGCUAACUUCAUCACGGAGGCUGGAAUUAUUAUCAAGAGGAGCAAGACUAAAAUUAGUGCUAAGGCUCAAAGAAAGAUUGCCAGGGAGAUCAAAACUGCCCGAGCUUUUGGUCUGAUGCCUUUCACCACUAUGGGAACAAAGCAGUUUGUAUUUGGCAGAACAAUGGAGAACCUUGAUGCAGAUUAUGAAUAUGAGCUGUACGAUCCCAAUUUUGUCGAAACAGACACUGGUCGGGAGCCUCUUUAAUCCUGGAAAAUACUAUUACUAGUUCUUUGCUUUAUCCAAGGUGGACGUUAUCCCUGAGUAUUCUCAGCUGUGGCGAUGAAAUGCCUGUAAACGAUGCUCUCUCUAUUAGCUGAGAUUUUGUUUCAAAUUAGAUGGCGUUUAGUACAGAAUACACAUGGGUGUCAUUUGGACUAAUUUCAGAUUGUAGGAGACUGCGGCUUAAGGGAAUGCAGAAAUUUAACAGUGUUGACAGUGUGUUCAUCCAGUCUUGUUAUUUACAUUACUGAAAAUUUAUGAAAUUCAUGAAACAGCAUAAUCAUCAAUAAGAAUUUACAGUCUUUUCAGGUUGUUUCCUGUCA